UGGAACUGCAAAUAGGAAUGGCAGCGGCAACCAUGAUGCAAGUGCAAGUGGUUCUCAAAGCUCUUGGAAAGGUAACAUACUAACUUGAUAUGAGCUAUGAGAUUGCAUGUGCUUCUUAUAGAGCUCUAACUUAGUUAAAAUAAAAAAAGAUGGCAUAGAGCUCUCACUUAAUUUAGUACUUCCAUGAAACUAUUUGGUAUUUGUUUGUAAAUUGUUUGGACUUCCAAGAAUGUUUGUCUAGUAAUGUUUGGUGGAACGCACUAGAGUGGGUACUGGGUUCGUUAAGGCCACUUUAUAAGGCCAUGAGGUAUGCUGAUACACAAAAACAAUGCACUAUUUCCGGCUUCAAAAAAAGUAUGAUGCUCGCUAUACAACAGAUGGAAGCACAUCUAGGCCCUACAUCAAGGUUGUACCUUAGUUUCAUGCGCAAGGUGGGCAAGAGGAUAGAUGCAAUGGAAGAAGAUACAUUUAUGGUUGCAGCUGCCGUCCUUGAUCCAUAUACACAUUACAGCCUCAACCUUUGCAACCAUACAGAUUAUGCUACUGCACUAACAGAUGCGAUAGCGAAGAUAUUAGAUCCAAAGGGUGCUCUUUCAGCCAUUGAUGAAGUUAGUAAGUUUAGGGAGUGCCAAGGAAGGUUUGGGACCAGAUUAGCACAAGAAGCUGCGGCGAGAAUGGAGCCAACCCAAUGGUGGUUUCAAUUUGGAGGGGAUGUUCCUGCAUUGCAGAAGAGUGCAAAUGAGAGUUUGCUCACAAUGUGUCUCAUCUAGUGGGUGUGAGAGGAACUGGAGCGCCUUUGCUUUGGUGCACACAAAGCAAAGAAAUCGCCUUUUAUAUGACAAGCUCCACAAGCUAGUUUCUGUCCGCUACAACCUAAAGAUACGUGCUGCAGAAGAUCAAGAGAAAGAGAGAGAUAUAGAUAAAGAGGUUGAUCCAAGUGCAUUGCUGAUAGAUACAACAAUGUUCGAUGAGACGAAUCCAAUAAUGGAGUGGCUGAAUGAGGAUGAAGAUGAUCCAAUUGUGGAUGGAGCUGAUGCGGCCAGUGCUGUUUUUGAGAAAAUAAGGCACCUCAACUCAAGUAGGAAGGAUUCUUAUGUUGGUACAAAGGCUAAUAAGAAGAAAAGAAAGAGGAAUCAUGAUGAGGAGAAUGAGUAUGUCGAAACUGAGAGUGAGGAUGACGACAAUGAGAAUGAAUAUCUUGAUAAUGAGAGUGAGGAUGAUGAUGGUGUGAGUGAGGAUGAUGAGGAUGAUCAACAAUAUCAGCAAGAAACACAAAUGCAAGUGGAAGAAGACACACAAGUACAAGUCGAAAAGGAGACACAAGCAAGCGUUGGCAAUUUGGAGACUCGUAGAUCUGGACGGCUAGUUAGGAAGAAGACCAAGGAAGUCAACAGCCUCUACUCAUAGAUUUGCUGGUCUGAUACUAGCUGGAGCUUGGAGCAUGAUGCUAGUUGGAGGCUUGGAGCAUGGAAACUGGAGCUUUUUCAAUGGAACAUGACCUCCCCGUCCAUGCUUUCAUGGAUUUCUUUUGGAGAUGUUGUUCGUUGUGAUGCUUUGAUGGUUGUCUUUUGCUGUUCGGUGUGAUGCUUUGAUGGCUGUCUUUUGAAGCUGUUUCUAUGUGAACUCCUUUAAAUUCUAUUGUUGGUUGUACUGAAGUAUUUAAAUUUGAACUAUGUGAUGGUUGUGGACUGUAAGUUUAGAACUAAUGUGCGUGAGGGUUAUAUUGGACUGACACUCUUAUUUUAAUCCCUAGAGCUAAUUUGCUAAACAUUAUAUGAUUACUCCUGAUGGUUGUUGGGC